AUAUAAAACCCUCAAAACGUUAGUCCCUGAAACCCUAGCGCUAACCCUAGAGAGUUCAGCCAUUGGAGUUCCGAGCUGUACCGGCUGCCUUCGUCUACACCGCAAAAAUGACAUUCAAGCGAAGGAAUGGUGGCCGCAACAAGCACGGCCGUGGCCACGUUAACUUCAUCCGCUGCUCCAACUGCGGUAAAUGCUGCCCAAAGGAUAAGGCCAUUAAGAGAUUCCUUGUUAGGAACAUUGUUGAACAAGCAGCAGUUAGGGAUGUCCAAGAGGCUUGUGCUUUUGAAAGUUACACACUUCCCAAGCUCUACUUGAAGAUGCAGUACUGUGUUUCCUGCGCAAUUCAUUCCAAGGUUGUCAGGGUCCGCUCUCGUACCGAUAGAAGGAUCCGUGAAGCUCCACAACGCUUCAGACGCCCUAGGGAUGAUCAGCCAAAGCCUGGUCAAGCUCCAAGGCCCGCUGGAGCUCCAACGGCUCCCAGAACUUAGAAGGAUGCUCACUGAUUGAUUUGCCUUAUUAUGAGAGUUUUUGGCAUUCCUUUAAGGUUAUGCAAGUUAUAGAUGCUGCUAGUUUUUUUCAUUAUGUUCUGUUUCAGUUCAGACUAAUUAUCAAAUUGUUCUAUUUAGUAUGGAAAACAAAGAGAUUCUUGUUCUAUGAAAUAUUAUUUUUGAGACCUUAA